UUUUCUUCUUCUUCUUCUUGAAAACCUGUAACUCCAUAUACUCAAUACACCUCUCUGCUCUCUGCUCGUUCGCAGCCGCACAGGGCUCGAGGGCUUCGCUUCUCGACUUCGGCAACCAUAGCUAGCUCGGCCGGCUCAGACAUGGCGGACCGGGUCCACCCCCGCGGCUCCCCGCCCCAGUCCCCGCCCCGCUCGCCCGAGCACGGCUCCCCGACGAAGCCUCCCCCGCCCGAGGACAAGCCCGUCCCCCACCCCGUCCGCGGCACCUACGUCAUCCAGAUCCCCAAGGACCAAAUCUACCGCUUCCCCCCGCAGGAGGACGACCGCCGCUACAAACGGCGCUCCUCCUAUCGAAAGACCGGCCGACUCCAGCGCUGCUGCUGCUGCUCCCUCGCCGCCGUCGCCGUGCUGGUCCUCCUCCUAGCCGCCGCCGCCGGCGUGUUCUACCUCGUCGUGAGGCCGCGGUCGCCGGACUACGCCGUCAGCGGCAUCUCGAUCGGGGGGCUCAACCUGACGUCCACCGCGGCGGUGUCGCCGGCGAUGGACGUGACCGUCCGGGCGAACAACCCGAACGGCAAGAUCGGGAUCUACUACCUCGGAGGGAGCUCCGCGGAGGUCUAUUACACCGGCGUGAAGCUGUGCGGCGGCGCCCUGCCGGCGUUUUACCAGCCGCCGGACAACGCGACGGUGUUCGAGGCGGCGCUGAAGGGAGAGGCCAUGGUCCUGGCGAGCCAGGUGCGGCAGGCGCUGGCCAGCGAUCAGAGCCAGGGGAGUGUGCCGUUGACGGUGAAGGUGACGGCCCCGGUGAAGCUCAAGGUGGGGGCCGUGAGGACGUGGAAGAUUACCGUUAAGGUGACGUGCGACGUAACGGUCGAUAAGCUGACGGCGACGGCCAAGAUCGGAUCUACGGACUGUGAUUACGGGGUUGAUAUAUUCUGAGGGGACAUGGUUCAUUUUGUCGUAUUAGAAAAAUAAUAAAAAUGAUUUAAUUAUUCUUUUUGUGGGAAGCCUGCGAGCUUUGGAGCUUGUCAUGGACUUUAGGGGUGGUACAGAAUUCAAUUUGCGGUGGAAAAAUUGGAAUAUUAUUGUUGAUCAUUCGUUGGUGACAAUUAGGUGCUUGAUCAUUGUGCAUUGUGGGGUUUGACUUCGGAUGUGUAUGAAUCAUACAUUCUAAGGCGAGAUUGACGGGGAGAUGCAACGUGCCUGGAUGUUCUUGCAAAAAAGAUGGGGGAACCAUGGCAUCCGGAGAAAAAGAACACUUGAUUAAUAGUCUUCUACGGAAGGAUGAUUGAGUAUGAAUUUGAGAAUUCUAGUAGGGUUGAGAACACCGAUCGAUCAACUUCAUCCAGCUUCUGGGCGGUUUUUGGGAGCAUGAUUUGAUUUCAUAAAAUUGAAACCAAUGAUUUACGGUUCAGUCCUCGGUUCCAAGCACAAAAUGAGCCGACCGGAUUGGACCACUUGGACCAAAUUGAUGAUCUUUUUAUAAAAUUUCUCAUGCAAAUUU